ACAAUUUGUUGUUGAAACCGCUCACUAUGAACUUGACUGUAUACGGAUGGUAGUAAUACGAGAUAUAAGGUCAGAGUUUUACGGAGAAGUUGUUGGAAAUAGAGUUCUUGUAUGUGUUUAUCCUGAUGUUGAUGGUUUAUGUACAUGGAGGGUUUUGAAGGAACUUUUCAAACACCGAAAUGUGCUUUACACGCUUGUGAUUGUAAAGGAUAAGGGAGAUUUAAAGGAGACUUACUCAAAAAAUCGUGACUUUUUCCAGGUGGCAGUGUUUAUAAAUUGUGGGGCAAACUUCGAUGUUGUUGGUAACUUAGAUCCUCAAGAGGAAUGCAUCUUUUAUGUUUGCGACAGCCGCCGUCCGAUUCAUAUUAAUAACUUCUACAACCAACGUCAGAUUAAACUCUUAUGUCUUAAUGAAGACACCACGCUAGUGCCGAAAUUCGAGGACGUGUUUCGAGAGUUCUCGGUAACUUUUUUCGACAGGCUACAUUUUGUAGAGUGAUGAGUCAGAUGAGGAUUCUGAGGAGCAACAGAACAGAAGAUUGCAACCAGAUGAUAUCGAAAAAAGAAUAGAAAAAAGGAAAUGGAAUAGAAAAAGACAAGAACUUUUAAUGGAUUAUGAGAGCUUUUCCUACCAUAGUGUUGCUUCGUCUGUAGUCAUGUUUGACUUAGCCUGGAAGCUCUCCCAGGAAAACAACUGCUUAUUAUGGUAUGCGAUAGUAGGUCAAACCUCUCAACUAAUCACUCAUGCAAUAAAUCGAGAACAUUAUAUUGACCAACUAGACUAUCUUCAAAGCCAUAUGAGUCGUCUAAGUCAUAUUGGUCAAAUUCAUUCUGGAACAAGUACAAGUGAUGAAAAUAAAGCUAGAAUCGAAAUUUUAUUUGAAGAUGAAUUAGCUCUAUGGCUUUAUAGACAUUGGAGUUUAAAAGAAGCAAUAGAGACCAGUAUGGUAACAGCAUCCAAAUUCAAACUGUUUACUGAAGGAGGACAGCGACGUAUGUAUGAAUUUCUUGUACAGUUGGGAUUGCCGCGACGUGAAUGUGCACAGUUAUAUUCUUCUAUGAAUAGUAGUUUGCGUGACAGUUUAAACGCACAAUUUUUACAAUAUGGUGAAAAAUAUGGUCUUUCACGAACUGAUCUGUUUUUACCAUCUUUCAUUGUUCAUUUGGGAUAUCGAACACCUAUGUCGGCAGUCGAUGCUGUUUUCCUAACUAUAUCCGCUUUAGAGUGCUAUAAUAGCGGUAAUCCGGUGGAAAACUUUCAAACGGCAUUGGACACAGUAGCUUGUUGGAAUUCACCUUCAUUAGAUCAAGAGAUUAAACAAACAGAAAUCCAUCUUCAGAGUUUAGCUAACCAAGUUCGUAAUCUUUUAGAUACAGAUGAUGUGGUCGCGUUUGGUCCAUUUUUAUAUGUAUAUAUUAGAAAAAGUUCUUUGGUAACACAUGCACUGAGGAAUAGUCAGUCUUUAGCGAUUUUAUCAAAAUACAUUCUUAUGGCAAAGUCAUCAAUGAGGGCUAAAUUGGGUCAUGGUAGAAGAGUAGUUCAAAUGCCUUUAAUCGUGUGUGUAGAUAGCAAAUCAGAUGAUAAUUAUAUUUCACUCUUGGGAAUUCCACCAAUUCAUGGAGACGAUGACCGGAAUUUAUUUGGUCAAGCUUUUGAAGCUGCUAUAAAUCGCACUAAAGCACGUGCUGAGUUCAAAUAUUUCAGUACAAAUUGUAUUGAACUUCAUAGAGAAGAUAUGCUAAAACUAUUUGAAGCACUGUCAUCUCUGCUUACUUAGUUUUUCUUCUAUUCUCUCACUAGGAAUCCUUCUUUUCUACCAUUGUGUCUUAUAUAGAUAUAGUUUAACAAUGGAAGUUGAUCAUCUAAUUUAUAUGUUAAUCUUUAUUUUAAAACACUUAUUUUUGUAUGUUUCUCACUUUUCUUUUUUUUGUCGGGUUGUACAUACAUGUGCAUUGCUUACAACGUUCUAUAUAAUGAUUAUAGAGUACUUAUUUAAUCCCA